UUGACCGACCUAUCAGUGGUGUCAUUCUUGUCAAUUGUGGUUAAGUUUGGUGACAUGUAGAAAGUAUCACCCCACUUGUUUGGUGGGAAACAAUUAAUUGUGUACUAUAAGCAUGGUCUCGCUUUUUUUUUGCUUCAUAAAUACUCACUACCAUCAAAUUAAAACUCUCCAAGCUUUAAGCCUUUCAAAUUCUCAGUGCUUAGCUUGAAUCCAACAAUUGUUUGACACUUGUUCUCAUCCGCUUCCCGUUUUCUCACAAAACUAGCGUCUCAGGCCAUGUCCUACACCAUAGCGCGCCUUGACGCGCGCGGCGUGGAGGUGGAGCUGGGCGCCGCCGGCGACCACGAUCACGGCCACACGGAGCUGCCCAAGCAACCCGUCGACGACGAUGGCCGGCCCCUGCGCACGGGCACGGUUUGGACUGCCAGCGCGCACAUCAUCACGGCAGUGAUCGGCUCCGGCGUGCUAUCGCUCGCGUGGGGUGUCGCGCAGCUGGGCUGGGCGGCCGGCCCCACCGUGAUGGUGCUCUUCGCCGCCGUCAUCUACUACACCUCCACCCUCCUCGCCGAGUGCUACCGGUCCGGCGACCCCGUGUUCGGCCUGCGCAACCGCACCUACAUCGACGCCGUCCGCGCCACCCUGGGUGGCUCCAAGGAGAGGCUCUGCAGCUUCAUCCAGAUGUCCAACCUCUUCGGGAUCGGAAUCGGGGUGACCAUUGCCGCCUCCGUCAGCAUGCGGGCGAUCAAGAGGGCGGGGUGCUUCCAUGAGAGAGGGCACAAGGACCCGUGCCAUGCCUCGACCAGCCCGUACAUUGCCAUCUACGGCCUCAUGCAGAUCGUCUUCUCGCAGAUCCCCGACCUGGAUAAGGUAUGGUGGCUCUCCACCGUUGCGGCCAUCAUGUCCUUCUCCUACUCCACUAUGGGCAUCUCCCUAGGCGUCGCGCAGAUCGUAGCAAACAGAGGACUCAAGGGCAGCCUCACCGGCGUCAUCAGUGCCGGCGCCGGUGUUACCACGAUGCAGAAGGUCUGGCGCAGCCUUCAGGCAUUCGGGAACAUCGCGUUCGCCUACGGCUUCUCCAUCAUCCUGCUCGAGAUCCAGGACACGAUAAAGGCACCGCCCCCAUCGGAGGCUAAGGUGAUGAAGAAGGCGACGGCGGUGAGCGUGGCGGUGACGACGGUGAUCUACCUGCUGUGUGGGUGCGUGGGCUAUGCGGCGUUCGGCGGCGAUGCGCCGGACAACCUCCUCACGGGCUUUGGAUUCUACGAGCCCUUCUGGCUGCUCGACGUCGCCAACGCCGCCGUUGUUGUGCACCUUGUCGGCACGUACCAGGUGAUGACACAGCCGGUCUUCGCGUACGUCGAGCGGCGGGCCGCCGCCGCGUGGCCCAGAAGCGCGCUCGUCCGCGCGAGGGACGUCCACGUGGGGCCAGUGGCGUUCACCGUGAGCCCGAUCCAGCUGGCCUGGCGCACGGCGUAUGUGUGCGUGACCACCGCCGUGGCCAUGAUGUUGCCCUUCUUCGGCUCCGUGGUGGGGCUCAUCGGGGCGGUCUCCUUCUGGCCGCUCACCGUGUACUUCCCGGUGGAGAUGUUCAUCGCGCAGCGUGGGGUGGCGCGGGGUAGUGCGCGGUGGGUGCUCCUACAGUCGCUCAGUGCCGGGUGCCUUGUCGUGUCCGUUUCAGCUGCGGCCGGGUCCAUUGCCGGGGUCGUGGACGCGUUCAAGGCGCAGAGCCCGUUCUGUUGGACGUGCUGAAUGAAUGAACUCGUUCAGCCAAGGCUCUGACCACUCGAACUAGAACUGCGAGGAAUAUUUUGUCUUUCAUCUUGACGACAUGUAUCAAAACUGCAAGCAAGCAGACAUGUUUACAAUUUGCGGAGACAACUAUUAGUUGACACUUGUUACGUCUCAAUUGACUGAAAUCAACGAAGUUUACUGUCCAUGGAGAUCGG